UAAAAUUGCAGCCUCAUCCGUCGAGAUAUUACCACUAAGCCAUCCGGACAGUCGCCGCGAUGGCGGUCGGCGCCGCCGUAUCCUUCUCAUCAAUUAUCGGCGGCUCCGCGGUCGCCACACUUGUAUACGCCUCUAGUUUCAGCCGAACCAUCUUUUCUCCUACCAGCCUCGCUCGGACGUUAACCUCCUCGCACCUCUCUUUCAAACAUAUUCACAAACACCACAGCUGCAAUGUAUUCAAGAGGAACUUUAGCUGCAGAUCAACCGCGCCUGCUGAGACUAGUACGAAAAUUUCAAUUCCUACUUGCGAUAAUAGCUAUCCUCCUUAUGAGCGCCUCCUUCCCUGUCCAUCUCAGAAUGGACCUCCAAGGGUAGAACACAUGGUUGUUUUAGAAGGAGGCCCAGUUCUUGAGUACAUUAGUAAAGCUCUAGAUAUUCCACCCCUAUUUGUUGCAGACCUGAUUCACUUUGGUGCUGUAUUUUAUGCUCUUGUAUGCCCGGACCCCCCUCGAACUGCUACACCUGAGCAAAUAAAAGAUUUCAAGAAAUUUACAGAUCCAUCACUUCUAAGAAAUAGAUCAUCUAUUAAAGGGAAGACCAUUCGAGAAGCACAAAAAACUUUUCGCAUAACUCGCACAGAUGAGUUUGUCGAGUCUGGAACUUACUUACGGGUGCAUGUACAUCCAAAACGCUUUCCAAGAUGUUACGAGAUAGACUGGAGAUCUCGAAUUAUUGCUGUGACUGAAAGCUAUGUGGUGUUGGACAAACCAGCCGGUACAUCAGUUGGAGGAACCACAGACAAUAUUGAAGAAACUUGUGCAACAUUUACCACUCGUGCCUUAGGACUGGACGAUCCGUUGAAGACUACCCACCAGAUUGAUAAUUGCACUGAAGGCUGUGUAGUGUUGGCAAGAAUAAAGGAAUACUGCUCAGUUUUUCAUGGCAAAAUACGGGAUAAAAAGGUUAAGAAGCUCUAUCUUGCACUUGCUGCUGCUCCUGUACCAGUUGGAAUACUUACACACUAUAUGCGUCCAGUCAAUAUUGCGCCCCGACUUGUAUCUGAAGAUUUUAUCAGUCGUUGGCCUUUGUGCCAACUUGAGGUCUUAGAGUGCAAGAAGGUUCCUUGGCCAAAUGAUAUAAUUGAAGAACAAAAUAAAAUCGAUGUUUGUGGAUGGCCGACUAGAGAUUUUGCUUAUGAGUGCAAAAUCAACCUCUUGACCGGUCGGACGCACCAGAUUCGAGCACAAUUGGCUGCCCGUGGUGCCCCUCUAGUGGGUGACACAAUGUACAUGCCAGCUGUGAUUUCUGAGGCUGAAUACCCCGGGCUGAAUCCGUUUGGCACGAACAAGAAAGAGUACUCUAAUGAUGACGCCAAAGCCACAGCUGUUGAAGAAUGGAUUGCACACCACGGAAAGGAACCUACUGUCGCCAUUGGUCUACAAGCAUGCCACAUUUCGUGGGACGACGGGGAGCAUACUUAUGAGGCUGGAUCACCAUGGUGGAGGUAAACAACAGUACACAUACAAAUGUUGCUAUAGUAGUCAGAGUUUAGUUAUCUUCUAGUUCACCUCACUUGACUAUUCUUGCAUUCAAGAAUCUUUGUAUAAAUGAGUAUUGAGUUAGGAGGAGCAGGCUAAGUCCAUUGGCAUUCCAUUAGUACAUGUGAAGAAAAUUCAUUUCAACUGCAAUUGAAAUUCUAAAAGUUAGUCUGCGUAACCAGAAUUGAGCUUAAUUGAUUUUUCUAACCGAAUUAAUAGAUGUGAUUGAUUCGGUAUUUUUUCCU